CGACGACUUGUUGAUUGCAGUUGUAUAUCCACAGAUUUCGGCAGAUACGUUUGUACUCAAUUUCAUCCAAAUAGCAAAAUUGAUGGUUUUGUGAAAGUUGGGUACGACGAUUUUGCUUUUAUUUUACAUAUUUAGUUUUCUUCUGCUAUGGCGUAUCUCCUUACAAUUAGGACACAAAUUUAUAUUCUGGUGUAGCUUUUAUGGUAUAAGUUUGGUUGAUUUUCAUUUUCCUAUCAAUUUAAUUUUACACAUUUAGUUUUUGGAGGUUAAAAGGUGAUCAAUUUAAUUUUACACAUUUAGUUUUUGGAGGUUAAAAGGUGAAUGAGAGGAAUGAGCUGAAGUUGCACGUGGAUUGUUUGAUAGAAGUAGAAAUAAGAGAAAAGGUCCAUUAAAUAAGCUAAAAUAGAGAACUUUUGAGUAAAUGACCCAACUUUAUUUUUAGGAGGGAACAAACAGCAGAGAACCAGAUAGUUACAAUACUUAAACUACAAUAACACCAUAUGGCGUAAACAAAGUAAUGUAUCUUCAAACAAACUCAGGCAAGGAACUUUGGUGCUGCGACCAGCUUUUGUUACCAAAACACAGAAGAUCCAGAUUCUGUUGAAUUUUGGCCCCUUCAACACAGCUCAUUGGCACAAUGUAUGGUUAGAAACAAAACGUCUUGUUUCUCUUGAGGAUAAUCUUGAAGUAAAUUACUUACAACCUCUAAGAUCACUUGAGGCUAGCCAUAGCAGAAUUUCAAUGAGAAAUAUAAACUAUUUUCAAUUCUGAAAUACAGAGAAAAGGGAUCUUUACCUGAUAAAUUCCUCUUUAGUUGCACCAUAUCUAGGCCGCUUAACAGCUUCAGAUCAUACUUACAAGUUACAACUAUCGCUGAUCGGCCUAAACUUGCAAGAGUCGCUCAAAGCAGUUGUUCCAUAGAAGAAGCUGUGUCACUCAGGUUUGGGGAGUUUUUCUUCCUUCAUAAACAAUAAGCGGUCACAAAAAACUCCUCAAAAGGAUGUGCUUUGCAUUAUCCACAAAAACGAAAUGAAUUUUGUGGUCAAAAGCUAAUCUUAUGUUCUGCUUCUUCUUCGUCCUCAAACCACAUAUGUACAGAAAAGGAGAAAAGGGAUUAAGAACUGCUGGAAUUGAAACGAUUACAACCCAACCACUAACAACGAGAAUUUACAGUUACAGAAAUUUAAUACUUCAUUUUAAUAAGCUGAGAAGUGUUGUGAAGUUGGAUGCCAUAUGUCCAAACUAAAGGACAUGUGGCUUACUUUUACAUAUGUGAAAAACAAGUCAUAACUCACCUCUUCAUUAUUUGUGGAGAAUUUUCUAUCUCUGUCUUUGCUAUAAAUAGUAAAGAUCAAUGAAAGGAAAAAGGGGAAAUUGGCACUCUCCAUUCACUUGUUAUUUCAAUAUACUUUAUUACUUUAAUUAAUUUUAUAUCACGUUAUCAGCACGAGUCUCUACUAUUCUGAGCAAAUAUCGGUAAUAAAGGUAAGAUUUUUUUUUAAAAUAAUGUCAAAUAUAUCCAAACGCGAAUUUGUUGUCCUAGAUAUAUCGGGCAAAACUUACAUGUCUUGGGCACUGGAUGCUGAAAUACAUUUAGAUGCGAUGGGUAUGGCAGACACCAUCAAAAAUGAAAAUCAGGCAUCAAAUCAAGACAGGGCUAAGGCCAUGAUAUUUCUCCAUCAUCAUCAUGACGAAGGUCUGAAAAUGGAAUACCUCACAAUUAAGGAUCCACUUAUAUUGUGGAAUAAUUUAAAAGAAAGAUACGACCACCUGAAGAUGGUCGUCCUUCCACAGAUACAUUAUGAGUGGACUCAUUUGAGGUUACAGGACUUUAAAAAUAUGAAUGAUUAUAAUUCUGAGAUAUUCAAAAUUAAAUCGCAGUUGAAUUUAUGCGGAGAAAAUAUAACUGAUCACGACAUGUUAGAGAAAAUAUUCUCUACUUUUUCCGCCUUGAGUAUGCUCCUGCAGCAGCAAUAUCGAGAAAUGAAAUUUAAAAACUAUUCUAAAUUGAUUGCUCAUCUUCUUGUUGCUGAACAACAUAAUGAGCUUUUAAUGAGAAAUUAUGAAAGUCGACCUCCUGGUACUGCUCCAUCACCUGAAGUGAAUGCUGCACAUUUUCACCAAACCAGGUGUGAAAGAAGACCUGACCCCAAUCAUAGUCAUGAUCAUGGUCGUGGUCGUAGUCGUGGUCAUGAUCGUGGAAGAGGUAGAUAUUUUAAUUAGGGUGAUCGCCUUGCAAUAAACAAUGACCCUCAGCACCAGCAGUACAAAAAGAAGGGUGAAGCUCCUAAAGCAGUGCCAAGGACGAACACUUAAAAUAGAUGUUGUCGAUGUGGAGCAAAGGGACACUGGUCGCGUAUCGGUCAUACGCCAAAGCAUCUGGUGAAGCUCUAUCAUGCAUCCCUUAAGAAAAUAGAUAAUGACGUUGAGGCAAACUUUAUCUCUGAAGAUAAUGUUAAACCCAUGAAUUUAUAUGACUCAGA